ACGGUUUUCUUUUUACGGCGGGGAUUUCUAGCGGGAGUGGUGAUCAGAGCAGAACUAAGAAUGGAGGUGGGAGCGGCGUCCUGCGGUGCUGUGGCCCGGAAGCCGUGGCUUUCGGCUAUCGUACCGGCGAAAAGAUCCCGGGAACUAGUCGUGAGGGCUGCCAGCCAGGUAAGGUCGGAACGUCGAGAGAGGCGGCCGCAGAAUGUUGCCGGUGAAUUCUACGUCGACCACAAGUGCAUAGAUUGUGACGUCUGCCGCUGGAUGGCUCCGCAAGUUUUUGUUCGGAUAGAUGGGCAAUCUGCAGUGUGUGAGCAACCGAGCUCAGAGGAAGAAAGACUAAAAGCUCUUCAGGCACUGCUCAGCUGUCCUACGAGUUCAAUUCAUACUGAACAUGCUCCAUCCGAUAUACUUGAUGUACAAAAAACAUUCCCUCUGCCAAUAAAUGACGAGAAUCUUCCGGGUGUAUAUCAUUGUGGGUAUCAUAGUGAAAGAACCUACGGAGCAACUUCAUAUUUGAUUGUUCACCCGACAGGAAACAUCCUUGUGGACAGUCCGCGUUACACAGAGCGACUAGCACGUAACAUUGAGAAGCUUGGUGGAGCAAGAUACAUGUUCCUUACUCACAAAGAUGAUGUGGCGGAUCACAAGAAGUGGUCAAGACGAUUGAAGUGUGACAGAAUUCUUCAUGCAUCAGAUAUGGAACUCUCAACUGCUGAUGUAGAAAUGAAGCUAUAUGGGGAUGGCCCUUGGAGCAUUGGUCCUGAUUUUGAUCUUUUACACACUCCAGGGCAUUCUUGUGGUUCUGUCUGCUUGCUCUACAAACCGCUAAAGGUUCUGUUUACCGGUGAUCACCUUGGUCAUACUGCUGGCUCAGAACUCAGCAUCUUCGAGCAGUACAACCAAGAUUCAGUCGCUACACAAUUGAGGAGCGUAAAUAAACUACUGGAUUUGGACUUCAGGUGGAUCUUACCAGGCCACGGAAGGCGAGUAGAAUUUCAUGACGUGCACGAAAAAAAUUUGGCUCUCAGAGCCUUUCUGGAUGGGAAACAACACUCCUAACACGUGAUUCACCAAAUGAUGCCUGUGGGUCGGUAAAUCCUAUCCUGAGGAAGAAUAGAUCAUAGUUUUUCAUGUUCAAUGGAGGUGUAAAUGCGGUCUACUUUGUCUUAUUCUCAUAAUUUGCUGUUGGGCACGGUAAUUGUAGCUGUUUCAGCAUGUUCUCACUCGGAGUAUGCACAUGAACUUGUCACUAGUUUGAUAUUUGCUACAUGAGUUUGUACCUGGUACAUAAUUGCAAAUAUGUAGAAGAAAACUUUUAGUUGGAAAUAUCGCUAAAUCCGACUUCCGAGAUGGAUGCAAAACGUCAAAAGCAUGAAAAUUAGAUGUCAAAAAGUUUGUUGUGAACUAAGAAAUUAAGACUGCUUAUUGGAAUAUUCUUACGAAUCUAAUUUA